GCCCGGAACAUUGUUGCGAAUAAAUCUAUAAUCUUUUCAAUACCUCAUGAUGGCGACACAAACGGCGACCCAGAAGGUAAAGCCAUGAUGCCCCACCAUCAACCCCUCCAUACAUGCUUUACCUUGAAAACACCACAACAAAUGGUCUUGACGCGUCGAUUAACCCUUCUUUCAUCCUCCAAGCCAAGGACAAGCUCACCUACGAAGACCGACCAAUUCCCGAACUCCCCUCUCCAUACGAUGUCAUCAUCAGACCACGAUGGACCGGUAUCUGCGGUUCGGAUGUGCACUACUGGGUUGAAGGGCGCAUCGGUCACUUUGUAGUUGAGAAGCCCAUGGUUCUCGGCCAUGAAUCAGCUGGUGUCGUACACAAAGUUGGCGACAAGGUCAAGAGCCUGAAAGUUGGUGACGAGGUUGCUAUGGAGCCCGGUGUGCCUUGCCGCCGUUGCGUACGAUGCAAAGAUGGAAAAUACAAUCUUUGCCCUGACAUGGCCUUUGCUGCCACACCCCCAUACGAUGGCACACUCGCGCGGUAUUACACACUGCCAGAGGACUUCUGCUACAAACUUCCCGAGAACAUGAGCAUGGAGGAGGGUGCGCUUAUCGAGCCUACCGCUGUCGCUGUACACAUCACAAGGCAAGCUGCUAUCAAGCCCGGAGACUCGGUCGUAGUAUUCGGUGCAGGUCCCGUCGGUUUGCUGUGCUGCGCUGUCGCAAAGGCAUACGGCGCAAAGAAGAUUGUGACUGUAGACAUCAACGACGAACGCCUCAACUUUGCACUCAAGUACGCCGCAAACGCAAGCUUCAAGAGCCAAAGAGUGAGCGCACAAGAAAACGCCGAGAAUCUGAUCAAGGAAUGUGAUUUGGGUUCGGGCGCAGAUGUCAUUAUCGAUGCGUCGGGUGCUGAGCCCUGUAUUCAAACCGCCAUCCACGCGCUACGCAUGGGCGGAACAUAUGUUCAGGGUGGCAUGGGCAAACCCGACAUCAACUUCCCCAUCAUGGCCAUGUGCACCAAGGAACUCAAUGUCAAGGGCUCCUUCCGUUACGGCUCAGGCGACUAUCAAACCGCUAUUGACCUCGUGGCUAGCGGACGUAUCUCAGUCAAGGAACUCAUCACCGGUAAGGUCAAGUUCGAUGAGGCGGAGAAGGCGUUUGCAGAUGUCAAGGGUGGCAAGGGCAUCAAGAUAUUGAUCGAAGGCCCUGCUGAGCAGUAAAUCUCUUCUCUUUUUGGAUGUUUUAGUCGUAGUGGUUCAGAGGCUUCUCUAUGAAGGCUUUUGUCAAUGGGUAUCAUACCCGGUGGUGUGCAUUGGUGCUGGGGUACAGAGCAGGGAGGUUGUGAAGGAAAUAUCGUAGGACCGCUAGACGAAUCUGAGGUCAUGUCAUC